AUGGCGGGAUACCGACCAGAAAACAAAGAAAGUACCACGCUGGUCGAUCGUUCAGGUCUCCCGUCACAUGCGCUCGAGUUCAUUGCAUAUAGAUUACCCACGGAAGACCUUAUCGAUUUCAGCCAAACAUGUUCUUACUGGCGCAAUGUCGUUGUCCAGCUUCGAGGAAGUUUCGAACUAAGGAUCAGCGUCCCGUGGCUGCUGAUCAUGGACCAGACACGUCCCGAUUUAUGCGGCUUCUUCAGCCCGCGGCGGCGGAGCUUCUACGAGUUCCCCUUGCCGCAAGUGCGGGGCAGGAGGUGCUUGUCUUCGCGGGGUUGGAUUAUGACGAUCGGAAGCGAUAGGGACGUCCAGAUGUUCAAUCCUCUGCCUCGCGGACGCGCCCGCACUGAAGGUUCAGCGUCGAAGCCACAGGGCCUCCCCAUCACCGACCGUCAAAUCGGUAAGUUCGUGCUUUCGACGUGCCCCUCUUCAUCCGCGCAGCCCGAGAUCAUGGUUCUCUGCGAUUCCGACCGGCGGUUGGGGUUAUGGAACUACCGAGACAAUGCGUGGACCAUGGUCAGUCCCGACAGGAUAUACAUGGACCUAAUAUACCACGAAUGCAGAUUUCUAGCCGUGGACGCGAUCGGAACGAUUAGGGCGUUCGAAGCGAAGCAAGAUGGACCGAAUCCUGCCACAGAUGGCCGAGUCGUGGCACGGAGGCCACGCGGAUUGAUCGAUUUCAAGCGCUUCAAAAAGCAUUAUCUCGUGGAGUGGUCAGGAUCGCUCUUGGUGGUCACCCAAGAAUGGCAAGAUGAGUUCGAGACCUCCGGUUUUCAAGCCUUCUUGCUCGACUUGGAAGCGAGCACUUGGACCAAGGUCGACAGCUUGGGCAAUACAUCUCUGUUCUUGGGUCUCAACUCGUCUUUCUCCAUGGAGGUUACCGAUCAACACGGCGGCAUCGAGCCCAACUGUAUUUACUUCACGGACGAUCGCACGUACAAGCUUACCAAAGGUGAAGACAUGGGCAUCUAUCACAUGGCCGACGGCCGAAUCGAACCGCUCUUCGGCGACGGCACGCCGGUUUGUCCCAAUUCCACACCUUUGUGGAUAGAGCCCCAGUGCGGAGUGAGCGAGGACUACUGA